AUGGCUUUUCCAAGACAUUCUUUAAAACUCAAUAAAUCUAAAAAGAAGGGACAAGAGUGUCAUUACUGUGGACUUACAGCGCGGUUUCCUGACGGAGCCGGAGGUUUUGUGUGUCCACUCGGGCAUAGGGACGAGCGUUUAAUAUUGCAAGUUAAUGAGGACUACGAUCCUUGUCGGCCAAACAGGAGCCAAAAGAGAAAAAAAAUUCGCAAAAAUCAAGAAGUGAAAGCUGCUACUGCUUAUUACGGUGAUAAAAAAACCUACGUGUACAUUGUUUCCCUUCAGCAUGUUCUUCGUCACCAAAUUCGCGUGAUGAUUGAGGAUAUAAAUUGCCCGCCUGAAUAUGAACACAUAAUUCGCCAUCUUUGGAUUUUAUUGUUUAACGAUUUACCGGAUAUCAGGUUUCCACCAGAAUGGCUUGACGAAAAUGGUAGGAUUAGGAAUAAGUACGAGAAGGAUAAGGAGGAUAACAAGGAUGAUAUCGCAGCUUAUGACAAUAAACAUGAAAAUCUUGAAAAUUUGUUGAUUAUGCAAGAGAGAGAGUCUUCUGAUGAAUCAGAAGGAAGCAAUAAUGACGAUCGAAAUUAUGAUAUGAAUGUCAAUUUAGCGAUUUUAUAUUUGGGAUGUGUUUGGUUAAGACAGCCGAUAUUGUUAACGGAUAUUAUCAAAUGGGCAAACAACGAUAGAAUCCCGUAUUACACUGCACGUACACUGCUUCCCGACUCUCUGAGGCGUCGUAUCGAAAGAUAUAAUAAAAGCUUUGAACCAAUUAAAAUGCAUCCCAUGUAUCAUUUCGAGAAAAUUGUGAAUAAGCUCACGAGCACCUAUUAUUCAAGUUACGGGAUUUUGUUUCCAGAGAUAAAUAUGCCGCCGAUGCUGUAUCGGUAUAUACGAGAAUUUUUAUUACCAGUCGAAUUUUACCCAAUCGCCAAAGAACUAGGAAAUCUUGUAGGGCUGGAUCUAAGUAGCUCGGCUUACUUGAGACGUCAUUAUGUAAAUCCUGCUCCAAAAUUGUUGAGUUUGUUGGUGGUUAUUGCUAAAUUGAUGUAUGGUCUUGAUGGACAAAAAAGGAUACCCACAGAAAAAGAUCAAUUCGUCAAGUACUUUCCGUCAAAAGAAAAGUGGCUUGCAGCACUUCAAGAAAGAUUUGCACAUAAAAAUAAACACGAUUUACCUAUAGACCUUCGCCAGUGGCAUGAAUAUUCGGAAACCUAUCCGGACGAAUACAUUAAAUUUGCAGAGAAACAACUUUUUCGUCCUUUCGAGGAAAAAAAUCACCUUUCCAAUGAAGAUUUAUUUGGCGAAUAUCAUGAAGACUACAAAAACUUGUUAAGAUAUGCGGCUGAAGAAUUGUUGAUGCAAAUCGGAGAGUUCAGUGGGAUCGUUAAUGAGUUAGAACGAGAUUUGUAUGAACGUGCAAGGAAGAAUUUUUUUCUUAAAUGUUGA